AGAGUGCGUGAGUCUCUCUCCCUACUAUUACUCUCUCUUUACCUUCUCAGUCACACGUUGUAGGCUGUUCUGUGCAUUCAUUUCCGUUUGUUGGCCGGCGUGUGUAUGUAGAUGGGCGGAUAGUGGCUUGUGGCGCAGAGGACACGGCACUGGUGUGUUGUGUGUGUGUGUGUCAGGCCAGACCAGGAGAUGAACACCAAAGGCAACAAGGAUAUUCUGACUGGGAUAAUGAUGGAAUACACUCCAGGCAAUGUGAGCAUAGAAGGAGGCCCUUGAGGUGGACCAGGGCCAGGGCCAGUGGUGUGCCAACAAGAGGGUUGCCACUCCACACUGCACAAGUGACCUGCCUGACCUGCCUCACCUCUUCUCUUGGCUGAACACUGUCACCUUCAAGUCUGACACACCAUAUUGCUACACUGUGUGGCAGAUUCUUCUUCAAUUAUUGUAAGGUGUGAUGGACUCCUAGAAAGUCUUGAAGGAAAAAAACAAACAAAACCCCACACACAGAGAAAGAGAGGAAGAGGAAAAAAUCAAGGGCUAAAACACACACACACACACACACACACACACACACACACACACACACACACACACACACACACACACACACACACCAUGUCCAAGCCACCAUCAGACAAGCUGCCGACUUUCAAGUUGGUGGUGGUUGGUGAUGGCGGUGUUGGCAAGUCAGCGCUCACCAUUCAGUUCUUCCAGCGUCUCUUUGUCACCGACUACGACCCGACCAUUGAGGACUCCUACAUACAACACACUGAGGUGGACGCACAGUGGUGUAUUCUGGAUGUUCUGGACACGGCCGGGCAGGAGGAGUUCAGUGCCAUGAGGGAGCAGUACAUGAGGAAAGGUGACGGCUUCAUGCUGGUCUACUCUGUGACGGACAAACAGAGCUACGAGAACAUUCCACACUUCUACACACAAAUACUGCGCGUCAAGGAUAGAGACUCGUACCCAAUGCUGCUGGUGGCAAACAAGGUGGAUCUGGUGCACCUUCGCCAGGUCAGCGAGGAGAUGGGACGUGACCUAGCCCAGCGCCUCUCCAUUUCCUACAUCGAGACCAGUGCCAAGGACCCGCCUCUCAAUGUAGAUAAGGCCUUCCAUGAGGUGGUGAGAAUUAUUCGAGAUGCACCGCCAAUGGAUGGACCAAAGAAGGGAAAAGCGAAGCCAAACUGUGUCAUUAUGUAGACUCACCACCACCACCACCACCACCACCUGGAGAAACUCAACACUCCCAUACAAGCUGAAAGAAGAAAGGCAGUUUUUUUUUUUUUUAAUGCAAGAAGGGAAGCCAGCCAAAGGCAACAAAAAGCUAAAAGAAAAGGCCACUUGAUUGCCAGUUCCCUUAAAGUGUGGCUGAAUUGACCUCACCAAAUGCCUCUCCCUUUCAGUUCAGUGUUCAAUGAGGAGAGUGAGAUGAGGUGGAGUUAGGUGAUGUGAAGUGAGUGAGGUGAGAAGGUGAAGUGAGUGAGGUGAUGUGGUGAUGAGUGAGGUGUGGACUUGGUGUAUUUCUAAGAUAUGGUGAGCUGCUAUGACACAUAUCAGGGUCAUGUCAUAAUUAAUUCAUUUAUUGAUUCAUUUUUAUUACCUUUAAGCUUUUAGUUGUUGUCUUUUGUUGUGUCACUUUUAUACAUUAUUAUUGUUAUUAUUAUUAUUAUUAUUAUUGUUGUUGUUAUUAUUGUUAUGCUUUUAUUGUCAUGUCAUAUUCUUUCAUCAGUAUUUUUAUUUGCAAAUUGAAUGACAUGUCAGUUUCUUCAGGUUUCAUGAAGAGUGGCAUGUCGUCAUCUUUAUUGUUAUUAUUGCCAGCUUUAAAUCUACAUUUUUUUUAUUCAUUUAUUUAUUUUUAAUUACUUUAAGCUUUAUGAUGCUGUGUACCCCACUCCCCCCCACCAGCUUUAAUAAUUCACUUCUGAUAACCAAAUGAAUGCCAAAGAUAUUGUUGUUCCUGGGUGUGAGUCAUUCAUUAUAAGGAUUCUGUCUUUGUGUCAGGGUGGCACAUUGUUCUCAAACACUUACUUUCAAAAGGCUCCAGCUCAAGUGACACAAGUUUUCAAGGCUGUUUUUUUGUUCUAAUGACAGGUUAACAAGAUUUAUUCAUUAUUAACAGGUAAUACAUCCUUGGCAAUCCAGCCAGUCAUUGCUGUGGCCUUUGAAAAUAGCCAUGACAGCAGAGCAAGGUGUUACUAAGCUCUGUAUUGAGAAACGCUUUGCUUUCUCACCACGACUCUUUUCCAAGGCCACAGAGAUGAUUAGUGGGGUUUUCUAGAGUGUUUCUCCAGUUGAUAAUGUAGAAAUCUUGUCAUUCUGCCUCUAGAACCAUAAAAACAACCAAAAAAUCUUGUAAAUUUAAAUAAAGCCUUUUGAAGUAGUGGAGGUGAAGCACAGGAGUGUUUGAGAGGAUGAGCCAAAAUCCAGGCCUCAGUCAUGUCCGUUCCUGUGUUGUGUAAUGUAUGCGUCAUGUUUAUUACUUGCUGUCGUGUCAUGCAAUCUUCUUCAUUUCACAAGAUACAUCUUUGUUCUCCCAUACAAGGUUGUCAGUUAUUCAUUAGUAAGUGUGGCGGUGUUUUGUGAUUCAUUCAUGUCAUUCGUUCUUCACAAAUGUUGUCUUCCUUCCGUCUUGUCUCCAAGAGGCUUUCAUUUCUGGCCAAGCUCUUGAUGUGUCUUGAUUUUAGAGUUAAGGCACAUCAAGACCUCAGCCAGAAAUGGAAGACUUGGACACAAGACAGAAGGAAGACAAUAUUUCAGUAUGAAGAACAAACAACACAAAUGAAUCAUAAAACACCACAAGGAAAGAGAAGGUGCAGGAAGCCACCCCUCCCGGCCUUCAGGAUUGUGACGCUCCAUGCAUGAAAUAUACCUGCCUUUGUCCAACUCCCAUUCUCUCUAAAUUUGUCCAACCUUUCAAUGUUCUUUUUGUGUAAGACCAAGGGCAACAAAAAGCUAAAAAAAAAAAAAAAGAAAAAAAAAUAAAUAAAAACCCACAUAGUUGUCAGUCUCCUUGCUGAUCCGAUAGAAUUAGCAUUAACCAAAGGACGGGGAUAAAUGUCAUGAAACCUCCCUCUUGAAUGAUAUACUGUAAUUACCCAGCACAAACAACCUGAUUGGUGUGUUCUGCUCACCCACAGCUUAUUUGAGAACUGAUUCUUCCAUAUCUGUGUUUUUUAGAUCUAAUUUUCUCAAGCUUGUAUUCAUUUUUCCUUGUCCUGCCUUGAUGACUGACCCUGAGAAUUUCCUUGUGUAGAUUAGAGCAGGGGAAGUGAGUGUGACUGGUGACUGGUGGAGGUAGUACAAGCGGUUGUCUGUGUUGGUUAUUUGUGUGGAGUGUUUUGUAUUAGGCAUCACUUGUGUAGACAGCUGUGUCCCAAUGGUUUCUGUUAUUCAAGCACAAAUUGUUUACCUUGCAGCUCAAAUUCCUGCACAAAUGUCCCAGAGUUACUGUGAUUGGAUUGCACACACAGAAUGAUGUCAAAUUGCAUCUCACUAACAAGAGAUUGAUGGAUGUACCUGCUUGUUUCUAUGCUGGGAGAGAGAGUGAUUCAUUUUGACUUGGUGAUAAUCAGUUAGUGUCUUUUGACAUGAAUUGUUCUACUGUUAACCUGCUCAAGUGACUGUAGUGUCUGCGUUAUGUCAUUACGUCUUGCUUUUGUGUGGUGCAUUUUUUGUGACACGUUACUGUUUAGCGUGUUCCUUUAAGCUGCUUUGUCUUUAUUGGUCUGUUCAGUGUUGUUGGCAGUACAUUGUGUUUCCUGCUUCACAGUAUGAGUAUUGUGCCACAGUAUUGUUUAUAAUAAAACCACUCACUGACAUGAGGCUAACUUGUAGUGACACCAACUUAACAUUGAGUGACGAUCCAAGGUUGAAGUAAGAUUAAGUUUUAGUUGUGACGUAAGUUUUCACUCAUAUGUCUCCACACCUGACAGCCACAGACAGUAGGCCUGACACUCACACCAGGAGAGAGGGAGAGGAGUAGCUAGCAGGUGUGACAGCCACUAAUAAGACCACAGGUGGCACAUGGCACAUCUUGUUAGUGGUCUGGUACUUUGAACUUUUUUUUCCUACUCUCUCUCUCUCUCUCUCUCUCUCUCUCUCUCUCUCUCUCUCUCUCUCUCUCUCUCUCUCAUCUUUUUCUUGUUUCUGUUUAAUUUUGAAUGAUAGCUUGUAAUUCCACUCAGAAAAUAACACCACCACCAGCAAGGAGGUCUCUCUUUGAAACCUUUUCCUUGAUCAGUGUGUCACUGUGUGGGGUCAGUGUGCUCAUAUUAUUCAUCUGUUUUCUGCUUCUCUUCCUUGCCUUACCUCACCCUGUGUUGCUGUACACUCAUUUUAUUGGUUGGAUCACUUGUGGUGUGUGUGUGUGUGUGUGUGUGUGUGUGUGUGUGUGUGUGUGUGUGUGUGUGUGUGUGUGUGUGUGUGCAUGCAUGAGAAAAAUAUUUUUAAUAUGAAAAAGAUUAUUACUAUAAUUUUUAUUAUUGUUAUUGUUACUAAUAUUGAGUCACAUUAUAGAUCAAGUUAAGAGAAAAUACUCAGAUUUCUUCAUGUAUUGUUAUGAGGCGACAAAUGACAUGUGUAAUUAUCUUCCAUCAUGAUAGAGUGUGGCCACAAUUAUUGCUCCAUUUCCUGCCCAGAUCAAUGUUUUAUACUGGUGGUGCCAUUUGUGUUGCUCACCACUGUCACUGUCACUGUAAGCUUCUUAGCAUUACAUUAACCCAACAAGGUGUUUGGAGUAUGGAGUAAUGCCCCCCCCUGCAUCAUAUCCCUGGAUUUCCCCCCUCCCAGGGCAUCUUCUCCCCCCUCUUGGUCUGUGAGGGGGCCACUGGGUUGGGGGGGCAUCACUCUGCCACACUCCCCCUCACAUAUCCUGGCACAGGCACAAGAAAAAUGGGUUGUUUUUUGAUCAGCGAAUGCAGGAGUUGUUAUCAUCAUUGUUUAUAUUUGUGCUGCUGCUGCUGCUGCUGCUGCCGCUGCCGCUGCUGCUGCUGUUGCUGCUGCUGCUGCCGCCGCCGUCACCACCAGACUGUACUAGGCUAGGAUAGAAUAGUCUUUGGUGUGUGUGUGUGUGUGUGUGUGUGUGUGUGUGUGUGUGUGUGUGUGUGUGUGUGUACAUGCCAGUGGUCUACUAUUAGUGCAGUGGUGGUGUGUAUGUCUGUAUGUACUUGUAUUGUUGUCACAUGUACUAUUUCUGAUGCAAGAAGACUACUAUUAAUAGUCUUGUCAAUAUAUAUGCAGGUUAAAUACAUAUGUGUGAAUA